CGUGGUAAACAGUAUUCAUGGGAUCUAUUAAUCAAACAAUGUAGACAUACAUCAUCGAUUUUUUUUUCUUUCAUCCUUUAUUGCAGUGUCCGGGCUCGGUUUUAUUACAUAGUUUGCAUACAGCCAACGGAUCAAUGCAAAAAGAGCUGUAUCGAUCGGCAACAUUACGCUUCAGGAUUAGUUCUUAGAUUGUCAAGUAUUGGAUUUCUUACGGCAAAAGACUAAUAUUCGGGGUCUCUUCCAGCAAACAGCUAGGGUUGGCGUGUUUGACGCAAUUGAAGCUUUUAAUAACAUGGAGAAUUUGAAAUCAAUCAGAUUUAUGCGUCUCUGUACAGGCGGUUUCAGGGUACCAUCAAGCUGAUUGGACCUUUACUUCUAAAAUGGAGACAUUCUCUUGUCGAUGACAUAGCUAGUCCGAUAUCUUCAGUAUGGUUCGUUGGGAUCUGGCCCUCGUGUUCUGUGCCUCGGGUUUUCACAUUUUUCUGGGAGUUCUCAGUGUUUGUGUCGGUGUCAUUCUCAGUAUUCAAGCGGAAGUCUGGUUAGCCCACAGCGUAUCGCCAAUAUGGAGUGGUGGUAUUUUUUUCAUAACUGGACUAGUUGGAAUACUGUGUGCGAAGAGAAAAACAUCCUAUGUGAUAAUGUGUUUCAUUGCCAUAUCAGCCGUUUCUAUGGUGACGACCUUUGUCAGUUUUCAACUCCUGCGAGUUGGUCUUCAGAACCAUGCUACUGACGGCAGUACCUUCCAGAAGGAGGAUAAGGACCCCCUAAUUCUGAUCGCCUUGGUUACCGCUGGGGUGGAGUGUCUCAUAUGUAUCCUCUCCAUCCUCCUCAGCUGCCGCGUGGCCAAAAUAGCGAAGGAGGAGAUGUGUCAACAGAGAGAAGGCAUGUUCCACAUUAAGGAAAAUGGUUCCUCUUUUGUGUUUACAAAUAUCCAGGACAACUUUAGUAACUUCGAUGACAUCAGUGUCGACACGCCAGCCGAGGCACCGGAAGUGACUGGUCCCCAUCCGUCCAUCUCGAACAACGCCAAGGGAGUCCGAUACCAGUGUCCCGAGCCAGGCCAUAUAUCUGAAGAAUGGAAUAACGGAUCAAACCCAGUGUCGAUUCCGAUAAUCAAAAUUAACACAGCACUGGAGAAAGGAAGUUCACCAAGUGAAAGUCAGACAGGGGAGGACGGAUCAGAUAUUUAUGUAGAAAUAAAUAGAUAAAAAAAAUCUGAUUAUCAUUUUAUUUAAUGGAUACAACAGUACAUAUAAUUCACAUAAUAGAGUGCAUUUGAAAUGAGACUAUGAAUAGUU